AUGGGGAUGGUAGCCCUGGCGGGCAAGCCUGGAUCAUCUCCGGGCUCGCCUGCCGAGAUUGGGACCAUGGUGGUGGGUGGUGGGCCUCGACUGAAAGCAGAAGGUGAGAUUCCAAGGAUGCAAGAAGAUGAGCCUGGAAAUGUUCAAGAACUGGAAGAAUGGAGGAGCAAGGUUGUGGACGCUGAAAAACAGAAGGCUGACUUGCUUCUAUCAAAACUUGCUGCUGAUGAGGAGAGACGGAAAUGGAAAGAGGAGCUGAGAAAUCUGAGGCUUAUAGAAGAUAAGCAUGUUAAGGAAAGAACUGAAGCUUGGGAAUAUCAUCAGAGGAAUCUUUCUAUAAUAAAAGAACAAAAUGAUGAAUUGAGAGGAAACAUACAAUCGCUUAAAGACAAAGUUGCGGCAAAGAAGGCAGAAUGUAAAGCACUUGCUCAGCGAUAUAAGCUUAAAAGAGUUAUACCCGAGACAAAAGUGAAAUUUACACACCUGGAGAAAGCUGAGAAUGAAGAGAUGCAUAAGAACAUUUGCUGCUUUUUUGACGUCUCCACAAUCUUCCCAUUCAGACUGCGCAAAGGCGAAGCUCUUAUCACCUUUGAAGAAGAAAAUGUUGCCCAGGAACUGCUUCGAAAGUCUCAUCAUAUUGUGAACCUGGAGAAUGCAACCACAGUCGUGACAGCCCGGCCCGUUGACCUGGAGAUGGGAAUAACAUUUCAGCUCUGUGUUAAGAUUUCCCAAAGGAAGAUUAAUGUUUAUAACAUCCCUAAUCUACCAAUCCCUAAUGAAUGGGUAAAAGACAAGUUGGAACUGAAUUUCUGCAGAACUAAACUGGGAGGAGGAGAAGUCCAGGAUGUGACUUACGACAGACAGUCCCAAAUGGCCAUCAUUACAUUUGCCCAACCUGGAGUUGCUCACAACGUUGUGAAAUGGGCAGAGUACCCUUUCCGCACAAGUGAACAGACUUAUAGGGUGAUGGUUUCCCCUGUUGUAGAAAAGUACCUGAAAAGAUUUGAGACUUUUUCAGGAAUAUCCAAGAGAACAUUAUUGUUGACAGGCAUUCAGGACAUGGGGGAAGAUGAGGAGAGCAUGCAGGAUAUGAUAGCAAUCCACUUCCAGAAAUCCAGUAAUGGUGGUGGGGAAGUUGAAUUCAUCAGAUACGUUUCAGAAGGAACCAAAGUUGCUUACUUUGAGACAGAUAACGGAGAAUGUUAUAUGAUAGGCUGCGGCUGA